AUGUGGGGCCGGGUAAUACCAUCACUAUCCGGUCCCACAUCUUGUGUCUGCUUGCUAAUCGUGAUAAAUGGUCUCUCCAGCUCGCCCCACUUGAGCUCGCCCCCAUACUCUGCUGUACCAGCUUCCCAGGUCCGUUCACACAGUCGAUUAUGGCGCUUCAUUGUCGCGCAUUCGCGAAUGCGCCCAGUUCUCUGCUGCACAUCUGCCCGUCUACAUGACGCUCGGCCGGUUCCCCCUUCUCAACCUGUAUCUAUGACUUUGUGUGGACGACUUUGCUGCAAAGCCUGCCGAUCCUUUUCACAAGUCAAUAGUGGAAGAAGCGUUAGAGCGGCUCUAAUUUUGUCGGCAAAUUUCCCACUCUUCACACACUUCGGCGGCCUAUUCCACACCUGCUCUCUCUCCCUCUCUGGCCACCAGCAUCCCUGA